AUGCGUGCGUUUAUUGUUAUGUGCUUGGUGGCAGUUGCCUGCGCCGAUAAACUUGGCUACAACUACCAGCCCGUCGGACACUCCGGCUCAGGAUUGUCGUUUGCUCCUGGUAGCGGAAGUGGAAGCCUUGGAGGCCUCAGUGGUGGUGGUUUGAGCGGUAUCUCUAUAGGAGGUAUUGGCGGUACCGCUGGAUUGGUUUCGGAUGGCGGCAGCAUUGGCGGUGGCAGCAUCGGUGGCGGUUCUGGUCUCGGCAACCUUGGUGGUCUGUCAGGUGGAGGUGUGGAUGCUCCGGUCUCCUACAACGCCCCUGCCCCAGCUGCUGAAUUGGAGAAGGAAUUCUUUACCUACACUGCUAACGAACAGGACUUUGAUGAGCCCCAAGCUUUAGAGAAGGUGUCCAGCGCCCUGAACAAGGCUCUGCGUGUUAUCUUCAUCAAGGGACCCGAGAACCGUGGUCUAGAGGACGCUGCUCUGGCUUUGGCCAAGCAAGCUGCCCAACAGGAGACCGCCAUCUAUGUCCUGAACAAACAGUCCGAUAUCGGUGAUCUGGCCAACAAAUUGAAUGCCAUCCGCGGCAACAACAACAACAAGCCCGAGGUGCACUUCGUCAAGUACCGCACUCCUGAGGAUGCUGCCAACGCUCAGCGUGCUAUUCAGGGACAGUACGAUCAGCUGGGUGGUACUUCUAAGGCUCUUAACGGUGGUGUUGCCCCCGUCUUGAACUUCGCUUCCCAGGGUCCAGUGCGUCAAGUGAAUGCCCAGUCUCCCGACAACUCCUACCUUCCAACUUCCAUCUUCCGUCGUCUGCGUCGCUAA